GACGAUUGCGUAUUUCCGGUCACAAAUACGGAAGUUGUGAGAAAGGUCUUUUGCUGUAACGACGAUGUCACAUACACGCAGACCAGUGAAAGAAAUCGACCAACCUUACGAAAACGAGAUACAGACAAGUGACGGGGAACCCUCCAAAAAGGUAACAAAGGUCUAUUCCGACGAUUCAAGAGGACAGCACGAAGAAAGUAGUUCCUGCACAAAGCAGCAUGUAGCUGCUCUUAUCCUCGCACGAGGAGGGAGCAAAGGGAUCCCUUUAAAGAAUAUCAAGCCGUUGGCAGGUAUUCCUCUGAUCAGAUGGGUUUUGAGAGCCACUAUCGAUGCGGAAUUGUUUGACAGUGUUUGGGUGUCUACUGAUCAUGAUGAGAUCGAAAGAGAGGCAAAAGACGGGGGAGCUCAGGUGCACAGGAGAAGUGCAAAGGUGUCUGAUGACAAAUCCACGUCACUGGAAACUAUUAAAGAGUUCCUUGAACAUCACCCAGAGGUUGAUGUCGUUUGUAACAUCCAGGCCACUUCUCCAUGCCUACACCCACACCAUCUAAAGGAUGCCCUGGAACUCAUAACCAAAAAAGGAUUUGACUCUGUCUUCUCUGUGGUCCGUCGACACCAUUUGCGUUGGGAAGAAGUAGAUAAAAGGCCACGACGUUUCUGUACUUGUCCUGAAAACCUCGACCCAGCUAAUAGAAAACGCCGUCAGGACUGGGAUGGGGAACUCUGUGAAAACGGCUCCUUUUACUUUGCAACAAAAGAUCUCAUUGAUAAAGGACUUCUUCAGGGUGGAAAGAUUGCAUACUAUGAGAUGAAGCCCGAGUACAGUGUGGAUAUUGAUGUAGACAUAGACUGGCCUGUAGCUGAGCAAAGAGUGCUGAGAUUUGGUUACUUUGGUAAGGACAAUCCCAAGGAUGUAAAGCUUUUGCUGUGCAACGUGAUGGGAUGUCUGACAGACGGUCAAAUGUACCUAUCGGUGGAUAAAGAGGAAAUGUUGUCCAUCAACUGCCGAGACCGGGCCGGCAUCCACAUUCUGAAGAGAGAGGGGGUGGAGGUUAUUCUAAUGCUUGCCAGUGAAGACCUAAUCCCUGAAGCCCUGGCUGACAAGCUGUCUAAGAGAAUGGGAUGUUUAGUCUUGCAAGGAGUGGAUAAUAAACAAACCGAGGUUGAGAAGAUUAUGGAGAAGAGAGGUCUGCAGUGGAAUCAGGUGGCUUAUUUGGGUAACGACGAGCCAGACAUAGAUUGUCUAAACCUGGCAGGAUUAAGUGCGGUACCCAGUGAUGCCCCAGUGGUGGCGCUCUACGCUGCAAAGUACACCUGCCACAGAUCAGCUGGUCACGGGGCCGUGAGAGAGUUCGCCAAGUAUAUCCUGGAACUGAAAAUGGAGGACAAUUCUUAGAGACAACUUUGCCUGAUUUGCCCAAAACUGAUAUAAUGAUGA